AUUCAGCUCAUCUGAAGUACUCUGCCUUCCUAGAGGUACCAGUCCUGUUAGGAGAGCCACAGCAGACUAUCAGCCAUCAUGGCGAACCUCAGCUACUGGCUGCUGGCACUCUUUGUGGCUACUUGGACUGAUGUUGGCCUCUGCAAGAAGCGGCCAAAGCCUGGAGGAUGGAACACUGGUGGGAGCCGAUACCCUGGGCAGGGCAGCCCAGGAGGCAACCGAUACCCACCUCAGGGUGGUGGCACCUGGGGGCAGCCCCAUGGCGGUGGCUGGGGACAGCCCCAUGGCGGUGGUUGGGGUCAGCCCCAUGGCGGUGGCUGGGGUCAGCCCCAUGGCGGUGGCUGGGGUCAGGGAGGUGGCACCCACAAUCAGUGGAACAAGCCCAGUAAGCCAAAAACCAACAUGAAGCAUGUGGCCGGUGCCGCUGCAGCCGGGGCAGUGGUGGGGGGCCUUGGUGGCUACAUGCUGGGGAGUGCCAUGAGCAGGCCCAUGAUCCAUUUUGGCAAUGACUGGGAGGACCGCUACUACCGUGAAAACAUGAACCGCUACCCUAACCAAGUGUACUACCGGCCGGUGGACCAGUACAACAACCAGAACAACUUCGUGCACGACUGCGUCAAUAUCACCAUCAAGCAGCACACGGUCACCACCACCACCAAGGGAGAGAACUUCACAGAGACCGACGUCAAGAUGAUGGAGCGUGUGGUGGAGCAGAUGUGCGUCACCCAGUACCAGAAGGAGUCCCAGGCCUACUACGAUGGGAGAAGGUCCAGCGCGGUGCUCUUCUCCUCCCCUCCCGGGAUCCUCCUCAUUUCCUUCCUCAUCUUCCUGAUAGUGGGAUGAGGGAAGCCUCCCCGCUUGUACUUUCUGGUUCUUGUGGUCUGAGCUGGGGGAGGGGUUGUCCACCUGUAGCUCUUUUAAUUGAGGUGACGUCUCAUUCUUGCUUCUCUCUUUGUCCCCCGUAGGCUAAUAAUGCCCUCGGCACUGGUGGGCCCUGGAAAAUGUACAGUAGACCAGAUGCUAUUCGAUCCAGACUCUUUUGAUUGGGCCCAUCACAGGCCAGCACUAACACCAGGCCAGUACAAAUAUAACAGCAAGUAAUCGCUGGGUAGUCCAGGCUUUGUUUUGGUCUAGUCAGUAAAUACUGGUGUGACCCUCUAACCUCCACACAGAGUACACAGUAACAGACACACAGAACUGUUAAAAAUAGGUAAAGGGUUCUACAGCCAAAGAAGUCAUUGUUUGGGCAUGGUCCCUAAGAAACAGCCUCCCAUUUGGGAUAUUUAAAGCAUCUAUGUGUGGAAUUCCUCCUUUACUAACAUAAACUCUAGCUGAGUAAGGCAGCAGGGGAUAAAACAAAAUUACCCUACUAACACUGAAAGCAAAGCAAACCUCUGUUCAUUUCCUAGGAACUAGAAUGACGUUUUGGCCUUGCUUGGAUUGAACCAGGAGAUUUUGACUCUGAGGAGUUCCAACACUGUAAAAGUGUGGUCCUCCUGCAAAGGGAGAGAUGGUUAGGACAUAAAGUCAGAGCGCUUGAGUUUCUUCAUUCCUGACUCAUAAUUAAUUGUCAAAAGCCAGAAUUACUUCAUACCUUUAGUUAAUAUACUUGUAUUUGAAUCAGACAACAAAGAGACAAUCUAAAAAUUCUCCUAGGUUGCAGAUGAGAGAAAUAGGCACCAUUCAAAGUGGAAAGAGAAAUUCUGUUAGUCUUGCUUAAGUUAGGCAAACUUUGCUCCUGAAGUUGCUCCGUAUUUCCCUGAGCAGACAACCACUCUGCAAUAGCAUCAGCCUGCACUGCGGGUGUUCUGUGUAGAAUAUAUAAAGUAUUACUACAAGCUUAGGCCUUCUGUUCUGAUGCAUCCGAAGUUCGUAACAUACUGACCAUUUCGUCCGGUACCAGAUGCUUACUGUGUGGCCCUUAGGCUUUCAACAUGCACUCGGUUCCAUUUAUGAAUCCAAAGUGGACCCCUAGCUGGUCUUUGAAAUCUGCAUGUACUUCACAUUUUCUAUAUUUGUAACUUCGCAUGUACUUGUUUUGUCAUAUAAAAAGUUUAUAAACGUUUGCUAUCUGACUGACAUUAAAUAGGAGCUAUGAUGAGCA